GCUUGGGCAGAAACGAGCGCCAUACGCAGCCUGGCAGCACGAGUCGGGAGAAGUGCCAGGCGGAGUAGGCUCGCCGGCAGCCGAAGAGCAAUUGCUGGCAGCGGCAUCGCUCGCCAUGCGAGGCCUCCUGCUAGCGACAACUGCUGCGGCCCUCGCGCCGACGCCGCGGCGCAUCUUCGUCUACGACACAACCCUCAGAGACGGCACGCAGGGCGAGGCCGUCUCCUGCUCCGUCGACGACAAGCUCAAGAUCGCGUCGAAGCUCGCGGCCUUCGGCGUCGAUUAUCUGGAAUGCGGCUGGCCCGGCUCCAAUCCAAAAGACGCCGAGUUCUUUACCCGCGCUAAGACCGAAUUGUCAAGCGAAGCAAAACAAAAGCUCGUGGCCUUCGGGUCGACACGUUCGAAGCGCUCGGCGACGGCCGACCAAGAUCCUCAACUAAGAGCACUUGUAGAGUCCGGCGCGCCGACGGCGUGCAUCGUCUGCAAGGCCUCGAGCUGGCAAACUACUGACAUUCUUGGAGCAUCUAGAGAAGACAACCUGGACAUGAUUUCGUCGUCCGUAGAGUUCCUAAGGCAAGAAGGCCUGAAAGUGCACGUCGACCUCGAGCAUUUUUAUGAUGGGUUCCUUGGCGGACGAGCAGCGGACGGCGACGAAGCCUACAGUCUCGAAUGUGCGCGCGUUGCCGUCGAGGCGGGCGCCGAGGCGGUCGUUCUCUGCGACACGAACGGCGGGCACCUGCCCUGGGACGUCGAACGGGCCACGGCCGCCGUCGUUGAUGCCGUGCCAUCUAAUAUCGUUGUAGGAGUCCACGCGCACGACGACUCGGGCGUGGCGGUCGCCAAUUCAUUAGCAGCUGUAAGAGGCGGCGCUUCCCUCGUCCAGGGCACGGCGAACGGCGUCGGCGAGCGGACGGGCAACGCCAAUUUGAAUGCGAUCAUCGGCGCCCUCGCGCUGAAAGGUACACAAAUAGCUCCGGAAGGCAUCGACGUGGCCUGCUCGUCGAACUUACACUUGCUUGCCGAUUCGGCGCGCUUCGUCGACGAGACGCUGAACCUAAUCCCGCGCAAGAGCCAACCGUACGUGGGCGCGUCGGCCUUCGCGCACAAGGGCGGCCUGCACGUCUCGGCGCUCGCGAAAAACGCAAAGGCGUACGAGCACGUCGACCCCGCGCGCGUGGGCAACGAGCAAAGGGUACUGGUCUCGGAACUUAGUGGUAGAGCGAACAUCUGGUCAACCCUAAAAAAGGCGGGGUUGGUAAGGGAGCACGAGGACGCGACCGACCUCGGCCAGGCGAAGUGGAGGGAAAGGUCCGCGGCCAUUCUCGAGCGCGUGAAGCGGCUGGAGAAUUUGGGCUACUCGUUUGAAGGCGCGGAAGCCUCGGUCCAUUUGAUGUUGCUACAUGCGUCGCCGGGCUACUGCUCGCCCUUUACGGUGCUCGACUACAGCGUGACGACGUCAGAUGAAAAUCUAGAUAGCGCGUCGCGUGCCGUGGCCAAGGGUGGCCGUCGUACAGCCCAACGAGCCCGAGCUACCGUCAAAGUGAGGAUCGCCGACGGCGACGACGAGGACCGAUUAGAUGUCGCCGAGGGGUCGGGACCGGUCGAUGCGCUCGCAGCAGCAUUGGUACGGAGUUUAGCCCCGACGUUCCCCUUCGUCGAUUCGAUCAGGCUGGUGGACUACAAGGUGCGCAUUUUAGAUCCGCACUCGGCCACGAGAGCGGCCACGCGCGUCGAAUGCACGUUCAAAGAAAAAAUUACGGGCAAGGUCUGGACGACUGUCAGUGUGGACCGGAACGUCAUCUCCGCGUCGGCGAACGCGCUCGUGGACGGGUUUGAAUUUGGGAUUGUGGAGUACGCGGACUCGUGCAUGCUCUGCGAGGUCGACUACGACGCGCCGCCCAUUUAUUCGUCCGACGACGAGGCUUCAUCUUCUGUCCAGGCGAUGCCGCGCGAGGUGCGGACGGCGCGCUAGGUUUCGAGUCUAACUUGGGUUACGUUUAA